AUGGCUACCACUACCACUACUACCAAUCUUGAUAUCAAGGAGGAGGUUCAUUCCUCUGCCUUGUCUGUGGCAUCCUGCAGUACUCUAUGUACACUCAAUGAAAGUACUGCCUUUCAACCAUCGCGCAUCUUGACUAUCAAUGCGCAAGGCAUUGCAGCCUUCCGUCUUCCACUGCCAUCUCGACAGACAGAGAUCUUUAUCUACAAUGCAGACGGCAGCGAAGCCUAUGUCUCUACGCGCGACAAACGCUGGUCAGGCAAUGCGGUCUUGUCGCACCCGAAGCGCGGAGAUCUUAUCCGUACGGAGUACUUCUUUGGUCCGAAUCGCGAUCCCAUUUUGCAUCUCUUACAGGCUACCGAUCACCAAUCUGUGACAGUCGUUGGGAAAUGGACCUCGCGCGCUGCGCGGUUCGAGAUGCCUGGGGGCAAGUGUUUUGAAUGGGAAUAUGCCAAGGAGAAACGACCCGAUGGACAGAAAAUAAACCUCAUUGUUCUCAGAGUGAUAGGGGAAAAGAGCGACAGUAAAGAGCAAGAUAUCCGAAUUGCACAGUUAGUCCGCGGGGCAGACUCUCGGACACCAGGCACAUCACGAUGUACUGCGGGCAAUGGCGGAGAAUUGCAAAUCGACGAAGCAGCUUUGCAGUCACUUGAAUUGGACGAGGCACUCGUGGUUGCAACUUGCCUGAUGAUGCUGAAGAAAGAAAUUGACCGACGAAGGAUGAUCCAGAUGGCAGUCAUCGGCGGGGCUGCGAGUUGA